AUGUGCGCAUCCCUACCGACCAGGACGGAUGACGAAAGCGAUAAGAAACCACCGGCCACGACAAACCAAGUGGCCAACAAAGGCGGCGAGGUUCGACUUCUCAGCCGGUCGCUGCAUAGCCAGGCCGGACCACGUGAGCAAGACAAACAACGAGAAGGGAUGCAGAUUUUGGAUGAGGGAGGCAACGCCCAGAAAAUCGAGGCUCUCGGGCUUGGGGGUACCCAAGACAGACACACGCUGUGGAUCAAAGACAAGGGGGCCAGGGGCACCAUGACGAUUCCGAGAGAUGUCCUUGUCGUCGAUGGUUUUGUCCAUGGCGUUGUCGGUGAUGUGGCAUCUUGGUGUCGUCCACGAGACUCGGCAAGACUCAUUGCGCUUCUUCUCGCCCCCACGGGCUCUCCACGGGCUUCCCGGGGGCUCUCAGCUCUCAGGCUCUCCACGAGCUCCAUCGGACCAGGGGCCGGGCGAGGGUCAAGUGUUGGAGUAGCCAGCCUCACUGCUGGGGAGUGA